GGGGGGGGGGGGGCGCAGUCUGGUUGAACGGAGCGGCUGAAAGGACAGACAUUUUCAUCCUGUACGAACACAGCAAAAUAAAAAGAAGAGGAAGAGCAGAAGAAACUUAACGAGUUUUUCUUCUUUGAGGUCAAAGUUCAACAGUCAUCAUGGCAGACGAAGCGGACAUGCGCAAUGAGCUGGCCGAUCUGCAGACACGCGCAGACCAGAUAGCUGAUGAGUCUCUGGAGAGUACCCGGCGUAUGCUGGCUCUUGUGGAGGAGAGUAAAGAUGCCGGCAUCAGGACUCUCGUCAUGUUGGAUGAACAGGGAGAACAACUUGAUCGUGUGGAAGAGGGCAUGAACAAGGUGAACGCAGACCUGAAGGAGGCCGAGAAAGAUUUAAAAGAUAUAGGACAAUGCUGUGGUCUGAUUUGCCCAUGUAUUAAAAAGAUUAAGGGCGGGGGCCAGGCCUGGGGAGGGAACCAGGAUGGAGUGGUGAACAGCCAGCCGGGGGCACGAGUGGUGGACGAGCGCGAACAGAUGGCCAUCAGUGGGGGCUUCAUCCGCAGGGUAACAAAUGAUGCUCGGGAGAAUGAGAUGGAUGAGAACCUGGAGCAGGUGGGCGGCAUCAUUGGUAAUCUGCGUCACAUGGCCCUGGACAUGGGCCAGGAGAUCGACACCCAGAACCGCCAGAUUGACAGGAUCAUGGAGAAGGCUGAUUCCAACAAGACCAGGAUUGAUGAGGCCAACCAGCGUGCUACAAAGAUGUUGGGCAGUGGCUAAACUGCAGCGAAAAGUGCUUUCACCCCGUUUAACCCCUGUCACCCUGAAAAAAAAAAAAAAAAAAAAAGGAAAACAAAAAACCACCAACCAGACCUGUCCCCGCCCUUAACAUCGACACCUACCUGGCGCCUUCUUCCUUUGCUCGGUAGCAGGCACUGCAAAAUCAUGCUUUUAUUGUGAUACCGGUAGAGGUUUGCGCACAUGCACAUAUCACACAUUGCUCUGCUCCCCCCCCCAUUCCUGCCUCACUUUCAGCUCUUGUUGUUAGUGUUGUUCUGUGAUGUUGUUCUUCUGAUUUUGUUAAAAAAAAAAAAAAAAAUUUGUAACACAACAUCCACUCAAACUCUUUCCAUGCUGUACAUAGUGCUUCAUUAAUGGUUUUAGUGAUUUAGAUCACUUGUCCUGUUUUCUUCAUAAUUCUUUCUUUUUUUUUUAAAGUCUAUGUGUAUAAUAUAAAUUGUAUGUACACCCCAUUUCAAAGAUGUCCCUUACCUAUAUCAGUAUUCUGGUUUUGUAAAUGUAGGACACACUGUGUAUUUGUCAGUUAAGAUGUCCUGAAUAAGGCCACAGUGAUUUGAAGUUAACAUCAACAUGAAGCCCUUACUGUUUAUUACUAAGGCUACUGUUUAAAGAAAUUUAAUGGCCAUAGCAGACCAAGUAUUUAGAUGAAAAUAUGGCUUUUUGGUUAAGACUGUAUUUUAUCAACCCUCCUAACAAAGCAGAGUUAAAACAAUUUAAUGCCAUUUCGAUUGUAUAGAAUAAAUCUUUUUCCUCAGGGAGCAAAAUCUGACCAUUCGAAAACAAAAGUAAAUUAUACAUUUAAUGCAUUAUAGUCAUAAUUGUAUAAUAAGGCUCAUUGUAUAUGUCAACAGUUGCUUUUGUUUAAGGUCUGAACACCGUCUUUGGUGAUCGGACAAAUAUUAGCAUUAACCACAAUAGAUUACAUGUGAAUGUGAAAGGAUGUGGGGCUUUACUGGAGGUCAGAGGUCAAGCAAUCAAUUUAAUGACUUAUUCACAUACCAUGCCACACUUUAUUCAUGACUCAACCCUAGGAACAUGACGUAGUGCAUUAAGCAUGUUGUGCAUGUCCAUCCACUGCUAGAAAACUAAAUAAUUCAUUUAACCAGGCAAAAAUAUCCUAACAUGGAAACCGCAUGCUACUAUGUAGGCCACGUAGAGGAGGGACCCGUAUUUAUCUGCAAUGGUGCCACUCUUUGUUUCCUGUCUCUUUACCUUUCCAAACUGUGACCAUCACUGUAAAAUAAUACCUUGGAAAAUGCCAAUAAAACUAUCAUAACUGUA